UUAUUGUAUUUCUAACAGGAGUCCAUCGAAAUUCUUUUAUUUAAAUCAGAUUUAGAAAACAAGUAUUAAACAGUAUGGCUAGGAAUUGGAAUGGAGGAUUUUCGAUGAUGGUAGUAUUAUUUUCAGCCUUUUCUGGAGCUGAAAACCACACAGACCACAGGUCGAAACGUUACAUCUACAUCAACAAGGACUCCCCCGUCACACUUGGUUUCCUCCUCAACGUUGCUAUUGCGGUUGCCUUGCCCAACUUCAUUGAUACCACCCCGCGAUCGCUGGACUACGACACAGAAGAGCGGAUGCCAGGUUUCGAGUAUCCCGAAGAUCUUUCGUUUGAGCCAGCGUACGAACAGGAGCUUGGAAGACUUCUAGGAUUCUUCGCAUAUCUUAAGUUGCCGAUGGUGGAGUGUCAAGAGAGGAUAGUCUGUGAAAUGGCGGCCGAGCCUGAGACCUAUUCUCCUCUCUCUGUGCUUGUACUGAAGGAACUCAGACAAACCCACGGCCUCGUCAAACCGUCGCACGAGUCGUUGAUGUGGAGGUACGUAGCGGCCACUGCCCGCGGUCACGUCUACGGCACCGAGACUUGCGUCAAACAUUACGGGAAAUGCGAGAUGUCCGCGCGGCAACGCCUCAACAUGGUUGUCUUGAAAUUGUACCAGUAUUACGCUGCUAUGCUUAAAAUUAAGUUACUUUGAACGACCUCUUUGACCUUGAUAUUUUUCAGCACUUCGCUGCUAUGCUUAAAAUUAAGUUACUCUGAACGACCUCUUUGACCUUGAUAUUUUUCAGCACUUCGCUGCUAUGCUUAAAAUUAAGUUACUUUGAACGACCGCUUUGACCUUGAUAUUUUUAGCACUUCGCUUCUAUGUUCAAAAUUAAGCUACUCUGAAUAACCCAUUUAACCCUUGAGAGUGCUCCAGCACUUCGCUUCUAUGCUCAAAUUAAGCUACUUUUUAUAACCCCUUUAACCCUUAAAAGUGUUCCAGCACUUUGCAUCUAAUGUACGUUCAAAUCUAGGCUACUUUGAAUGGCGUCUCUCACCCUUGUCAGACAGCUUAAUUUUAGAACGUUAAGACCGAAGCGAGCUUAAGUACAAUUGUAUUGAUGCAAUCGGACAGAGGUCAAGCACUUUGAUAGCGUUUUACAAGUGCUUAACGCUAUCCCUUUACACGCUAUCCCUUACACGCUAUCCCUUUAAACGCUAUCCCUUUACAAGGGAUAUCGUUUUAGAUAUCCGUGAAGUGUUUUCGUGGAUCCGAUUACUUUUUUACAAUGAAAGAAUGAAAAUUCGAAGCACGAAGAGCACAUGGCUGUGAAAAACCCUUUUUUUAUUUGUUAUAAAAUUCAUCGUUAAAAUUUUGAACUGUUUUGUGAAUUGGCAUUUUAGAACGUUUUUAGCGCAUUUUCUCAUUUAUGGAAAAAAUGC